UCAGUUACUUUCCGACCACCAUGGCUGACGACGUUAUGAAAAUUCGAACUGCAGGAACCUGUUUGGCCAAAACCGCUAAAGACUGGUUUGAACCACACCUUAGGGAUUUUGAAUAAACUAAGACACCUAAGAAACAAUACACAAUCGACUUGUUCAACAGUUACGCCACGUUCGAAAAACAACUUAAGAAACUAUAUGGAAAAACUAAUGAGUCUAAAGAAGCCGAAGAUGCGCUCCUUCAAAUCAAGCAAAAAGGACCCUGUGCAAAGUACACUACCGCUUUCAUACGCCUAGCUGCCAGGACCAACUUGAAUGAUAAAGCACAACGCAUGCUCUACUACCAGGGACUUAACUCAGAUGUCAAGGACGAACUCUCCAGAGACGAAAAACCUGACACCCUUGACAAACUCGCGGAAAAAGCCACUCGUAUCGAUAAACGACAAUUUCAGCGACGCCAGGAACGCAAGAGAGAGGGAAAUCCCCAGAAGAUAGUCCUGAAGUAUCUUUACUCCGGUAACAACGCCAACCAGGGAAAGAAAAGGGACCUUGCGAUAUAUAACGAUGGAAAGCCAGGACCUAUGGACCUCAGCACCAUCGAAGCAUAACGAAAGAACGUUAAAUGCUACAAUUGCGGUAAGAAAGGACACGUGAAGAAAUACUGCCGAGCUCCUAAAAAAGACGGUAAUAAGAAAUUCACGCCUGUCCCAGAGCCCAAGGAAAACCGAACCAUCAAUACUAUGAAACCUUCGGUAGACCAUGAUAUACUGCACUUCUCAGCAUGCUAUAAUGACAACUGCCAGACUUAUCGCAGCGAUAAACAAGGAUCAGGAUGGUACCCCAAGGGGCGUACACAAACCUUGAACACGCUUGAAGAAGUCACCCAGGGGGACCUCAGCUACGUUAAACAACUUGUUUAACAAAACCUUAACGAGUAAGAACAAAACGACAAAUUCGAGAAUAAGGAAGAGGUACUCCGAGAAUGGAAACAAAAUGAAGCCAUACGCCAGUACAACGAGGAUCUUCCAGACACAGCGCCUCCG